UAUCUCGCUCUAUUUGACCUUUUCCGGUUAAGUGGUUGACUCUUUAGUCAUAUGAGACAGAGAUUAGAAAGUGGGAAAUGAUCACAUGGCCAUCUCAUCUCUUAUGUCUGUUUCCACUUUGGAGUUGUUGUAUUUGAUUCCAGUUUCUUUGUUUAUUUUCUGAUGCUUUUGGGACAUAUUCUAUUUUCCAAGAUUUCAUCUGAUGUAGUGUUCCUGAGAAAACUAAAACAAAAAAAUCAUUUUAAACAAUUAUUAAUAUCUCAAGGGUUCCUUUCAACAUGACUUUGGUUGUCAUGCGAACCAAUCCAAGCAUUCGACACAGGCUCGAAUCAAGACCGUUUUCGAACUAAUUCAUUGUUCGGACUGGCCCCUGAAAAUAGUUUUCAUAAUGCUAGCCACUACUCUAGCCUGUUAACAAAAAAGUACGCUAUAAAUAUAUACUUCUAGAUAUAGCUCAAAUUAUAUUUUAUAAACUGCUAUUAUUUGAAGUUCAUGCACUUAAUAUUGUUUUCGGCAUAGGUGGUUAACAUUUAACAUGGUAAACCGUAACAGAUGAUAGGUCCAUCCAAACUCGAAUCAGUGUGAUAUAUUUUUAGGCUAAUCCACUAUAUAACACUAGAUACGUUCUUCCGAACUGAUCGGAUGGACAUAUCAAAAAAAAUCUACAAAACAACUAAUUAAGAAAAAUAUUUAGACAUGAUUAAAAGAGGAAAUGUAGGAAAGCUUACUAAGACACAGCUGGAGAGUGUCACUACAAUGUAUGUGAAGAUUAUAUUACCAUCUUUCCAUAACAAUAGAAAAUAUAAUAUACAGUAUUAAUUACUUGGCCUAUUAAUUGUUAUAAUAUCUUAACAUAUCAGUUAAUAAAUAUACAUGUAUAUAGUGAGUUUUAUAAAUUAAAUAGUUACUUAUCCACACAUAAAAUAACAUGUCAGAAAAACAAAAAAUAAAGAGUAAACUCAAAUAGUUAGUUAAAGAAACAUAUCUUUAGAAGAAAAACUAUUAAUGCAUAGUAGUUUGUAUGGUUUCAUUUUAUCCUCGGAGAUUGUAUACCUUUAAGAGUUAAACAAACAAUAAUGAAUCUUCUGCAUAAAUAGGGUCUCCUCAUGAGGUUGUCUUUGAGAGGAAGAUCACUGAGAGGUCUAGUGUCGGAUUAGGUGUUGUCCAAACGAAAAAAAGUAUGAUGAACAAUAAUAAUAUUGUCCAUAUUUGCGACACCUGCAGGCGACAGUUCCCAACCCUUAAGGCCCUAUACGGUCACCAAAGAGUCCACACGCGUGAAAGAGAGUUGGAGAGGCAGCUGAAGAGGACGAAGCCAAGCUAUCCUCCUGGACAAGGCACUAGUUAUGGAUUUUCUCCAGGGACACCCUUAGUCACUCACAACCAUAACCACCCUACUUUCUCAAAUUUUAAUCGCCCGGGGAUCUCUUUUGGUCCUUUUAAGUCUGGAGGAGGCGGUAACAGCCGUGGCUACCCAUUGUUCAAUCAUGGAAACACCAUGGCUCCUCCUGCGAAUCCAUACCGUUCUCUCACACAGAACACUAGCUAUGGUUCUUCUUCAAGAGUUCCCUUACCAUCUUUCAGGUAUAAUAACUCUCUUGGUUCAGCCAAUUCCAUAGGAAGAUUCAGCAACAACAAUAGCUCACAAGGUGAAUUAUCACUUGAGCUCUCUCUUGGUCCAUCUAAGUCCAUGGGUGACAGCAACAGCAACAGUAGCUCACAAGGUUCAUUAUCACUUGAACUCUCUCUUGGUCCAUCUAAGUCCAUGAGUGGCAACAACAAUAACAGCAGCGCUUACGCAUCUCUUAAUUGCGGAGUCACUGGAGGAGGAAACAUGUACACGAACAUGCCAGUGCGUCCUCGUGUGCCUGGGUACCAUUUUUACAGAAAUAACCCGAUUGAUUCAAUCACUAGAAACGUUCCUCUCUCUCAUCCUCCUCCAACCACGAACACGAUGAACAGGCUAGUGCGUCCUCGUGCGUCUCGGUUCCAUUUUCACGGUCAUAACCCGCUUGACUCAAUCAUUAGAAACGUUCCUCUCUCUCAGCCUCCUCCAACCAUCAAUAUUCCUGAUGAUAAUAAUGUUUCGGGCACUAGCCUCAUUGUAAAGGAGAAAGACAAAACCGUGGUGCUUGACGAUGAUGAGAAAGAUGACGUGGUGAUUGUAGAUCAUGAUGAGGAUCAGCAGGAAGAGGUUGAAGCUAAGAGUUGUGGUCGUGAUUCAAUCAUUAGAAACGUUCCUCUCUCUCAGCCUCCUCCAACCACGAACAUGAACAAGCUAGUGCGUCCCCGUGCGUCUCGGUUCCAUUUUCACGGCCAUAACCCGCUUGAUUCAAUCAUUCAAAACGUUCCUCUCUCUCAACCUCAUCCAACCACCAAUAUUCCUGAUGAUAAUAAUGUUUCGGGCACUAGUCUCAUUGUAAAGGAGAAAGACACAACCGUGGUGCUUGACGAUGAUGAGAAAGAUAACGUGGUGAUUGUAGAUCAUGAUGAGGGUCAGCAGGAAGAGGUUGAAGCUAAGAGUUGUGGUCGUGGCUCAAUCAUUAGCAACGUUCCUCUCUCUCAGCCUCCUUCAACCACCAAUCCUCCUGAUGAUAAUAAUGUUUCGGGUUCUAGUCUCAUUGCAAAUGAGAAAGACAAAACCGUGGUGCUUGAAGAUGAUGAGAAAGAUAACGUGGUGAUUGUAGAUCAUGGUGAGGAUCAGCAGGAAGAGGUUGAAGCUAAGAGUUGUGGUCGUGAUUCAUUUAUUAGCAACGUUCCUCUCUCUCAGCCUCCUUCAACCACCAAUCUUCCUGAUGAUAAUAAUGUUUCGGGCUCUAGUCUCAUUACAAAGGAGAAAGACAAAACCGUGGUGCUUGACGAUGAUGAGACAGAUAACGUGGGGAUUCUAGAUCAUGAUGAGGAUCAGCAGGAAGAGGUUGAAGCUAAGAGUUGUGGUCGUGAUUGAUUAUUUAUCAUCUUCCCUUUGUGUUUUUUUUUUUAGUUUUCUAUGCAUUGUUUAGUAUUUGGUAUCUCAUAACUAUUUGAGGCCUUUUUUUUUCUUCACCUCAUUCUUCUCACUGAAAUUGUUUUCUCGUUUUUUUAUCCUCCUUAUUGUCACCUUUAGCAUUUAAUUAAUAUUUGAAUAAUUCCUGAAUCCAGUUUUUUUCUAUGCCUAUAUCUUAUGAUUGUUCUAAAUUUUCUGCAAAUCUAUGAAGUCAUAUUCUAAAUAUUCAAAGCAAACUUCAUCAUUUAAAUGUUAAAGAGAUCCAGCAUUUUGCUUGAAAUCCUUUCCUCAAGAAUACAUCAAAUAUUUGUAUUGGUUGUUUACGUUUGCAAUGAAAAAUUGACAAACAAAGCUAUACAAAAAGUAGGAGAAAUAUUAGGGUCUUCCAACACUGGAUGUAAACCACCCUAUCCAAUGUUUUACACGUUUCAUCAUCUUUCAUGAUAUUUUGACAGAAUGAUAUAGUAGUUAUCUUAUUUAUCACAUUGUGGAAAUAAAACAUGUGAUUAGUCCUAUUCACAAUUUACAUGGAACGCACAAUGUGUAGUGAAAGUUAAUAUCAUUUUUUCAGCCACGUUCAAGAUUACAAAAGAGAAUUGGAUCAAAGCAAAAUCAUACAAGACACCACCGUCAAAAACAUACAAGUGGUUUAACCACCUUCAUUGACAAAAUAGAUUGUUGAGCCAAGUAGGGAAGCUUGAAUCAACAUAUGAUUGCAUAUGAUCCUCUCGAGUCACACUUUUCGGCCACAAAUAAAUGCUAGUAGUCGAUAACAUUAUUUACACGACCACCAUAAUCAAAACAAA